GUUGAGCAUGUUGAGAGCGAUUCUGAGUUGUGAUGGUUCUAAUAUUUAGAUAACACAAAUAUGAUCAAAUAAUGAGUCUGGGAAUGCUAUGGCCUUCUCAGUGUACAACACGCGAGGUUCACGCACACGUGUGUGUGCAGGCGUGUGAACUAUUUUUAUCAGAUACAAGGUACUAAGAUGGAAGAUAAGAUUUUGAGUGAAAUAAGGAAAAUUGUACCAGAGAAUAUUACAGGACUUCUACCAGCCGAUGAAUUGGAUCCUGCUGGAUUAUUUUUACUGCAGCACACACAGGAUACAGUGACUGAAGACAAGUUUCACUGUACUGUUAAUUUCACUACUUCCCAUAGUUAUACAGAAGCACUGAAGGCUGUGGAAGGAGUACUGGAAAUUACUUGGGAAGAGCUGAAUACUGGCCACUGGAGCAAGGUUCCCCUUGCCCCUCGGCAGCUGUACACUGCUGCUGCCAUCAUAAAGAUUGAUAUCCUACUGAGGAGCUAUCAGCAGGGAUGUGGUGACAAGACUGAGUUGCUGCAAUCAGCUAUGAAGACUGCUGACCUUGGGAUUUUGCUGGGAGCUCCCCUCUCCAGUGGAGACUGUUCAAUGACUCGAGUUGCUGGCCUGUUAUCUCAUGCUCUGUCCAUGCUUUCUUCAGUGUCAGAACAACAACAAGCAGUAUCUGAGCCUUCAAGUAACACAGAGCAUAGUUCAGUUAUGGUACAUAAUAUUCCAGGGAUCAAAGGUCAAAUGUUAAACACUUUGGAGAAGCCCUCACUGGAAGGCUUCAGAGCUGCUCAUUUUGGCCCUCGUGUUCCAGCAAAACUCACAGGUUGUAUAAGCCACUGGCCAGCACUGCAUCUCUGGAGAGAUAUAAAUUACCUGAAGAAAGUAGCUGGGGCACGCACAGUGCCCAUAGAGCUUGGAGUUCAUUAUGUACAUCCAACAUGGUCACAGAAACUAAUGACAGUGGCAGAGUUCAUCGAAGCCCAUAUUGUACCACAGACGGGUGAAGCCACCCCUAUUGGAUACUUAGCACAGCAUCCCUUGUUUGAGCAGGUCCCAGAGCUUAUGUCAGAUAUUUUUGAACCAGAAUAUUGUUGUCUCAGUGACGACUUGGGUGAAGGAGCAGUUACGGAGGAGACAGACAUCAAUGCUUGGUUUGGUCCUAAGGGUACAGUGUCGCCACUACAUUAUGACCCCAAGCAUAACCUUCUGGCUCAAGUUGUUGGUGAGAAGCGUAUUCUCUUAUACCACCCAGAUCAAUCAGAAAACCUGUACCCAUAUGAGGGUUCAUUCCUUAACAAUACAGCACAAGUUGAUCCUGAAGAACCUGAUUACAAAACGUUCCCAAAUUACAAGAAUAUCAUUGCAUGGGAGUGUCACCUGAAACAGGGAGAAAUGUUGUAUAUUCCUCCCAAGUGGUGGCACCAUGUUCGAUCACUCAGCACAAGUUUUUCAGUCAGCUUCUGGUGGACAUGAUCGUUUGCAACGUUGCCAAGUGGUUGCUAGUUAAUCCUAUCGAAUGCAGUAGCCAAUACACUGCCUGUUCAUCAUAGAUGUUUGGUUAUGGUGUUUCGUCCAUAUAGAUAAUAUAAAACCUGACCGUGAGAUGGGACAGAUAUGAAAUGUAGUGC